UGUUCCAGCUGUGAACUUUGCAUGCCAUCGAAGACAACAAAUGAAACCUCCAGCUAAAGAUAUCACCUAGACUUUGCAUAACCCAAAACACCUGACGUGGUUAGCCCCAUUACCUAAUCUCACAUGGGACCAUAUUUUUUCUAAUUCCAGCCUGUUAAGAGGUUAGUUUUGUAUUUUAUUGCAUGACCCCCCACCUAGAUGUCGACCCUCCCUCUAGCCGUUGUGCCUUAACUUGCCUACUUAUAUGCACUUAACUUCACCCUCUUUAGACACAAUAACACGCACUCUUCUUUCUCUUACAAUAAUACCUCUCUCCUUUUGCUCUACAUUUUUAUUGAUUCUUACUAGCCAUGGAUAGGAAAUUUGUGUUACUAGCGUCAAUCUUGUGCAUUGUAUUGGCAAGUGUCACGGGACAGUCACCUGCAGCAGCCCCAGCCAAAGCACUCGUAGGUGCUAAGGCUAGUUCUCCGCCCGCGGCUGCCCCAAGUAAGCCCAAAAGCACUCCUGCUCCAGCUACAGCACCAGUCUCGGCUCCACCUACAGCUGUUCCGGUUACGCCAGUAAGCGCUCCAGUUGCUGCUCCCACUACACCUGUUGUUGCUGCACCUGUAUCCCCACCAGCAAAAGCACCAGCAAGUUCCCCACCAGCAAAAGCACCAGCAAGUUCUCCACCAGUAGCUGCUCCAGUAAGCUCACCACCACCACCAGUGGCUGCACCAGUACAAUCUCCACCAGCUCCAGCUCCAGAGGUAGCUACACCACCAGCUGUUUCUACUCCACCUGCUCCAGUUCCAGUUGCAGCACCUGUUGUUUCGGAGACAACUCCAGCUCCGGCUCCUAGCAAGGGAAAGGGCAAGGGAAAGAAGAAGGGAAAGAAACACAAUGCAUCACCAGCACCUUCUCCCGAUUUGAUGAGCCCACCUGCACCUCCUACUGAAGCUCCUGGACCUGGCCUUGACUCCGACUCUCCCAGCCCGUCUCUUAACGAUGAGAGUGGAGCAGAGAAAUUGAAGAUGCUUGGUAGCUUGGUAGCUGGAUGGGCUGUGAUGAGCUGGCUCUUGUUCUAAUGAGUUCAUUGUUAAUUUUGUCAAACAUAUUUUGUCCAGUAUUUUGAUAUUUGACAUGUAUAAUUUAUCUUUUUGUUAUUUAAUUUCUGGUGCUUUAUGGGUCAGGGGGUCCUGAUUUGGAUCUGCUUAUAGAUUUGGCCACAUUGGCUCCUUUUUUAUAUUCUUUCGUGGAGUGUAAGGGUAGAGAUUUGUACUAGUUCUCAGUCUUUGCUACUUUUACUCCUUUUGGACUCGCACUUUCUUCUAUUAUAUAGAUUUCAUUUGUUUAUUUGUCGA